UUCAACAACACGGCUACUGAUUCAUUCACCUCGGUGGCUUGCUAGCCAACAUGAAAUCGAAACAUUGAAGGUCUAUAUACCAUUUUUUUGUAGCUACACAAAUCCCAGUGAUUUUAAACACAGUUCUGUUAACGUAUCUGCUAGUUCAUUUAAACGUAAUUUGCAAAUGUGUUACCGAGCCUAGCACCUAGGCUAGUCGCUAAUGCUAAUUUAGCUAGCUAGCUAACAUCCCCGACCAUGACCUCACAAAGCUACUCCCCCCCUGCUAAAGAAGAAGAGGAGGUCUGCUGGACGGAGAAAGAAGCUCCGGGGCUGAACGUUGUCGUUAAAGAAGAAGAGGAGGAUAUUACAGUGAAAGGAGCAGAAGAAGCUUUUCGAAUCAGGAAGGAGGAAGAGGAGGCUAUCACAUUGAACGAGGAGGUGGAUGUUACAGUGAAAGAAGACAAAUCGUUUGUAGUGAAAGAGGAAGAGGAGUCUGUCACAGUGGAAGAGGAGGUAGAAGCUUUCAGAAUCAAAAAGGAGAUAGAGGAGGCUGUCACAUUGAAAGAAGAACCUUUUGGAGUGAAAGAGGAGGAGACUGAAGAUCCGAUUAACAACAAUCCAAAUACGAGGCAAUAUGCCGUUUUCUGGCCCUCCCAGGGCUCCACAGUGGAAGAGGACAUCAGAAAGAUACAAGGAGAAUCUAAUGUGGCACCCAUGAAUCCCAGCCAGUUUGGUGAUGAUGAUGAUGCUAUUCACUGCGAUGAAGAAUGGGACAUGAAGGACAAGGAUUGGCUUCCUAGCAACAGGCUGAAGGUGGAGUCAGCUCCAGAGAGGCACACCCCAGAGCAGAGGGAGAGUGGUGACAUGUCUUUCCCUCUUCCGGAGUCCCCAGGUUGCGCCUCUCCCACUGUUGCCUUACUGUGGGGUCUGAAGAGGGUGUCUGUGUGGCUGGUGGACUGCAGGAAAACACCGGGGCUGAGUGGAACUGUGAGAGGAGGAGAAGAGGGAGAUUCAGUCUCAAGUGAAAGCAAAGACUCAGAGGAACCAGAGCCAAAGACGUCCAAACCAGCAAGACGACACCACUGCGCCCAGUGUGGAAAGAGUUUUACCCGGUUAGGGUCCCUGAAAAGGCAUGAAGGAAUACACACAGGAGAGGAGACUUACCACUGCUCCCAGUGUGGAAAGAGUUUUACCAGGUUAUUUAGCCUGAAAAGACAUGAGAUGAUACACACAGGAGAAAAGCCUUUCCACUGCUCCCAGUGUGGAAGAGUUUUACCCGGUUAUGGCACCUGA